AUGCUCACCAAAUCCACUCACGUCUUCGCCCACCACGGCCUCCCUCUUGAAUGCGACGUCUACACCCAAGACGCCGCCUCUGACACGCACGUCUUUCUAUACUUUCAUCCAGGAGGACUUACAGAUUGGGGUCGCGAGUUUAUCGGCCCAUGGUUCGUACAGGUGAGUUCCAUUCAACUCGUCUCCGAAAAGUGGCACCUGUCUAAGAUUAUGCACAAGGCUUGUCUCCAGCGGAAAUGGACCUUGAUCAGCGCCAGUUACCGGCUCAUGCCUCAAGUGGGAACGCAAGGUCUUGUCGAUGAUGUUUCGGCGGCAUAUCAGUUUGCAAGAUCAUGGGCUGUCAAGGAUGGAAAAGAGCGGCCAGUCAUAUUGGGAGGUGCUAGUGCCGGUUUCUUUAAUUCUACCUUGGUCAUAAAUAAUUGCUCGCCACCACCUGUCGCUCUGCUGGGCAUUUGCGGACUUCACACCUUUCGUCAUCCUUUCUACAACUCAUCGACGCUCCUCCUCCCAGAGCCCAUCGAGGAUGCAGACGUGGCCGAGUUCAUCAGCAGACCAAUCGAAGUCGGCAAGCAGGAAGUGGGAAGCAUCGCAAGCUUUGCACUGGAAAAGCUGCUGCCUGAUGGAUCAAAGAACCCCAACUACAAAGCACCUCAGGCACCGGUGAUUCAAGAUCCGCCCAAGCACCCCAGAGGCCACCUCUACGAGUACUACAUCUACAAGAACGCCUGGCUCGACUUGGUUGGAGAGAUCGAUGCCGGGUAUACCUGGGCAAAGGACCCAAGCAACAGACGACGAGUCGAGAACUGGCCACCUACCGUUCUCAUACACGGAGACGCAGACCUGCAUGUGCCUCUGAACUCUGCCGAGCAAGUGAGAGAAUACCUCGGCGACGACAAAGUGAGGCUGUUUGUGGCAAAUGGUCUGCACCAUUUAUUCGAGACGUUUUAUUUCCUCGAGGAUGAUGAGCCGGGCAUGUCUGCUAUUAGAGAUGCAUUGAAGUGCCUUGACGGCAUAAUUGCAGCAGCAUCGGAAUAA